AUGGAAUCCACCAACAGCGACACCACGAGCCGCCUCCUCUGCCUUCCUCGGGAGGUAUUCGACAUGAUCCUGCAGCUCCUCACCCCUCCAGCGCAGGUGUGUCUACUCCUAACAUGCCGCGGCCUCUACCACCACCAAGUCUACAACGCCACCAUCAGCGACCUCCGUCCCCAAUUCCAAAUCACCUCCGACAUGAUGAAUUACAACAAGAAGCGAGGCUACGAUCGACCCACGAUCUACCGCAGGGCCCUCCUCCGCCAACUCCAAGACGACCGCUGGGCCUACUGCUUCGCAUGCUUCGAGCUCCAUCCGCGGGCCGAAUUCGACAGCUACAGCUGCCACCACCGAUGGGCGCCGUUCCUGGCGCUCAGCACCAGCGCCAUGUGCACCGCGCAGACGGGCAUCGUCGACCUCUGCCCCUGCAUCAGCCUCACCGCGCGCCACAAGAUGCGGAUUGCCCGCUACCUCGCGAAGGAUGCGUCCGACCCGCAAGACCGGCGGUAUGCCCCUAUCGACACGGACCCCCGCUUCCGAGUCAUUCCCACCGGCCCCAACACUCGCGGCCUCGUCCACGACUGCAACAUCCCCGCCUGCUGGGCGGGUGACAUUCUCUCCCACAGCAUGGUCCUCUUCCUCGACAGUCGACGGAACCUGAUCGCGCACACGUGGUACCGCGUAAGCACCCGCUGGGGUAGUGCCGGGUGGUCCUUGUAUGCGUGUCCGCAUUAUUCUCUCCUGGCCUUUCGCUACAUUGAGCCGGUGCGCAGGCCUUCCCACGUCUGUCCACUUUGUCGAGCGCAGUGGCACACGGAGCUCGGGUGGCCGUGGCGGGACGAGCUGUGGGUGACCCUCACCAGGGAUCUGGGGGGUGCACGGUGGCCGCCCGAUGCGGCGUGGCAGGCGCAGCGUCGGGUGCGGAGUCGGGGUUGGUACAGAAAGAUGUUCAAGGAAGACAGAAUGGGGGUGGAUUGGGUGCAGGAUCGGGAUAUUGUGGACGAUUCGUAUGGGGAAGAGAGUGCAGGGGAUCCGGACGAGUGGGAUUAUCCGUAUGAAACGGAAUCGGAGUUCUUCAACGAUUCGGACGAGUCGGAGUCAGAUGAUUCACUCAGUUCGGACGAUUCAGACGAAUCAGAGGAGUCAGACUCUUCAGAUGAUUCGGAGGAUCCAGCAAAUUCAGCGGAUACAGAUGAUUUGGACGAUUCAGGGUGA